AUGUACAACUCGUUCAAUCGCAUCCAGAAUGUCUUUGGCUUCUUCACCACGGUAGCCUGCGUCUUUGGCGCCUUCAUCGCUGCCACUGACCUCUUCUCCCCGCGCGAGCCGUCCGGCAUCAUUACCCCGGACAACAUUCAAGUUGUCAAGGGCCGGCCGCACUACUACAGCACCAAAAAAGAAGAAUACGCCGUCAUCCGCUUCUCUCUCGACGCCGACCUCUCCAGUCUAUUCACCUGGAACACCAAGAACCUCUUUGUAUACGUCACUGCCGACUGGCCCGGCGCGGACAAUACGACAAACUCGGCUGUCAUCUGGGACAGCAUCAUUACCAACCCCAGCGCCGACCACCUCUUGAAUAUUGGACCAGCUACGUUGAAGAAGCUCCGAAAGAGCUCAGCUGGCAAGUCGAUUGACCCGAACCGCGGCAAACUUAAGCUCAAAAACCAAAAGCCAAAGUACCAAAUCACGCAUCCCUCUGGCAAGAUUGCCCAGACGGAAGAUGUCACCCUGAAACUGCACUAUAAUGUUCAGCCCUGGGUUGGUUUGCUGACUUGGAACCUGCCACGGGACCUCUUCUUAUGGAAGACCAUGUCCGGAGGCGAGAGCGACAAGCUAGCCCUUCCAGCCCUCAAGGUCAAGGAAGCCAAGGAGACCAAGGCUAAACCCAAGGCCAAGGUCAAUAAAGCUAAGGCGUAA